AGCUGUCAGUUUUUAUCAUGUGUUUGCAACCUGUUCUGUAAGCGUUCAUAGUGGGCUGUACCCACCGUUCUGUGUCAACAGUGACUUUUCUUUACAUGAAGCCGCGCAAAAGACUCGUGGUAUCUGGUGGCAUUCUGAACUCACCGUUAAGCUGGGUUGGAUUUGUAUUUAUCGAAACAUAGACGAGAGAUAAUAUGGCAUCAAGAGGCCAGUCAGAGACGACGAAACUGCGACAGAAUCUGGAAGAGCAGUUGGAUAGGUUAAUGCAGCAGUUAUCAGAUUUGGAGGAAUGUAGAGAAGAUUUAGAUGCUGACGAAUAUGAGGAGACUAAGGGGGACACCAUGGAACAGCUGAAGGAGUUCAAGGAGUCCCUGGAUAAAAUGAUGGAGGGUAACCUCAGCCUGGUGGAUGAGCUCAAUGGAAUGCAGCUGGCUAUCCAAGCUGCCAUAGGGGAAGCUUUCAAGACACCUGAGGUGAUACGUCUGUUUGCCAAAAAGCAGCCUGGUCAGCUUCGACAAAGACUGGCAGAUAUCAAGAGAGACACAAAAAUAGGGAAACUAUCAGCAGAAGUGUCAACGCAACAGUCCGUGGAAAUUUUGACGGCUUUGAAAAAACUAGGUGAACAGCUCACUCCUGAAGAAGAGGCUUACUUGCAGAGCAACUCGAACACCAGUCUGAAGGAGUUUGAGAAAGUGUCCGGGUCGAUAGGUUCUGGUGAUAAACUUCUGGAAGUGGCUGGUACACAGGUCCAGCAAGCCAGCAAAUAAGGUGCCAUAUGUUUUAUGACAGACUCUGAUGAAGUUGCUGAUGCACAGGGUCAUGGUUUAUCAUCCUUCACUUCUUUGACAGUUUGUGGAUUUUUUUUUUUGGUACCCACCAUUUGAACAGAAAAACGUAAUCAAAAUUUUUUGCCCAAAUGAAUAAAUAUCAGUGAUAUAAAAAAAUUAUGAUGAAAUGCUUACAUUCCCCGUGAUAAUCAUAUGGAAAAAUAAUUGAGAAAGAGUUACCUUCUCUUGCCUCCAGAACUGCCAGGCCUCCUUGCAUGUAAAUACAUUUGUAUCUGGUGUAGGCAUAUUAUGUGCAUGCUUUUUUGAAAAUGUAUAUUCACCUGUGGCUUAUAUGUAAUAUUUAAUACCUCAAACCUGAUAUCAAAUCAAUAUUAUACCAAUUACAUAUAUGCUAAAAUCCUGAUGCUUUACUGCAUUCCACACAAUUCUCGUCCGAAAUUGGCCGCAUCAUUGAUGAGGUUAGGUUUCAAGAAUAAAUAAUAAAUUUGCCUAAAUCCCACCUCAGGGAUAUUUCAGGAUUAUCAUUGGGAUAUGUUCAUUUGAAAUGAAAAAUAAGAAGUAAAUCUUAUAACAUUAAAAUACCAGAUCCCAUUUGCAAAUAAUUUGUUUAGAGAUGAAUUUUGGUCACUUUUUCUAACAAUUCUCAUCAAUGAUGUUUUAGCAUUGUGGAUCAACGUUUCAUGCACACAUGUAAAUGAAAUCAGGUUAACGAAGACAAAUCCUGAAUUUAGGUAAUCCACUAAUUAGGUGAUUAAUAUCUUUUCGUUUCCAAAGAUUAGCUAUGUUGUUUUUUUUUUUUUGUUGUGUUUAUUGUUGUGUACUUGUCUUUAUUUUCAUCAGUCGGGAAGAUAUUGAUGUUAACGGCAUUAGUGAUGUACAGUUAUAUGGCAUUUUGCGAAAAUAAUUCAUUGCUCACAAGUUAUUAUAAAUUCUCUGUGACCGCUGAUUACAGGUUACCAUGUCACAGCACAUAGGAUAGUAUGGAGACAAGACAUCAUAAAGUUUCCUGACCCAGUACUGUGUUGUUACAGAUACACAGUAAGAGUAUGUGCAAGGUUUCGUGCAUAUACCAUAAAUUUCGACCACAAAGGUGCAUUUUUAGAGGCAAAUAAAUGUCACAAAAUACUUUUUUGGGGGCUAAAACAAUUUUCCAGCAGUUUUCCAAUCAUCUCGUGCUCUAAGCAACCCUCAGAGCACCUUUCUACAAUCAAUAGAACUCUCAGAAUCAGGAAAAAUCGGUAAGUUGGUCAGGAAUGAAACGGAUGGCCAUGUGCAACCAGCUCACUCAGAGUCUCCCGCUUGACUGACUUUUUGAUAUCACUGCACAACUCUCUUACUAUUGUAGGUGUAAAUACACAGAAAAAUAUAGUUCCAUACAUGGAUCACGGUUAUCACGUUCUCAUUGUGUCCUACUUUAUACUUUCACCUGCUCACAAAUGUCUGCCCAGGGAAAUGUCAAAACUGUGUUUUAGGGAUGCCUCACCACAGUUGAACAGCCCUGACCCGUGAGGUCACAGCCGAGAGAUUGUCAGGAACCCAUGAAGGGCACUCCAGUUUCCUCUACCUGUAAACCUGAUUGCUGUCAUGUAAAGUGUACAAUUCAUUUGUACCCCAACCGGUCAAAUGGAUUCAGUGCAUAUUAGCUGUAGUCCUAGCAGGUUCUCAAUGUUUUAAGUUCCGCAGAUGUAAAUACACACUGUAUCAUCACCUACAUUUACCUCUUCAU